AUGGAUACAAAUGCUCUAUUUGGAGAAAAAGUGGUCGUUUUCGGUGGUGAUUUUAGACAAACUCUCCCAGUUGUUAGGAGUGGAAAAAAAGAAGAUUUUAUUCAAGAAAGCUUAUUAUAUUCUGAAAUUUGGAAUCAACUCGAAAAACUACAAUUAUCAGAGAAUAUGCGUGCAAAAACAGAUCCUACGUUUUGUGAAUAUUUGAUGAGAAUAGGAAAUGGACAAGAAAAAACAAAUAGCCAUGACAAAAUUGAAAUCCCUGAUUGUUUUGUUAUCCCUUUCGUUUCUGAAAAUCAAUCAUUAGAUAUGUUGUUUAGAGUUACUUAUACAAAUCUACGUACAUGUUUUUCUGAUGCAUCUUCUAUGACUUCUCGUGUAAUUCUGACAACCAAAAAUGACUUUGUCGAUGAAAUAAAUGAUUUGCUCAUAGCUCAAUUUCCUGGUGAUCCUAAAACAUACGUUGCAUUUGAUGAGACUAUUGAAGCAAACGAUCAAAGUCAAUAUGAAGAUUUUUUGCACACUUUACAUCCUGCUG